UUUUGUAGUUCGUUUAAAUACUUUCGAAAAAAAUUUUUUUGAACAGAUGGAUCAAAAAGCAUUUAAUUAUGUGGACCGAUUGAUAACGUUGAUAAUGCUUUUGAUAAUGUUGUCAGUAAAAUAAAUUCAUAUGAUGAUAUAUUAAUGGAAUUGUGGAAUAAAUUUGGUUAUAAUUUGGCUAGAUAUUGUCCAAUAGUAUCAAAUAUUACAAAAAAUAUUACUUUAGAAAAGAAGGGAAUUAUUUUCGUCAAAUAUAAUCAACUUCAAAAUCUGAAGCGCUACAUCAAUGACUACAAAUUCUACAAUUCUUGUGGAAAACGAGCCCUAACGGAACAACUAUUCAAUAAUUUUUACCAACAAAUGGUUACUACGUAUCUCAAAGAGUAUGUCAUACGUUAUUAUCUAGAUGUCAUAAAUCGACAGCGUCCUAAGAAGAAUCUGAUACGGACCAAGAUGGAUGAAUUUAUCGUGAUAAAUAAAUUGCAGAAUCUUAUAAAAUCUUUUAAUGAAGAAUUACAGGGACCUUUACCCUACCUCUACAGAUGCGACCCACCAAAUUACGAUAACACUAAUGAAACAAAAUAUUACAAGUUGACUAGAAUGAUACAGGCUUCAAUAGUAAAAGAGAAAGAUCUAGAUAUCCAUAAAUCUUGCAGACACAAUUGCGAUAUAGACACUAUUAAAAAUUCUAUGAACUUAACGGUGUGUCAAGGAUAUCGUAGGUGUCAAUAUGUUGGCAAAAGUUUUGAGAUAUGUGAAAUGCAACAACGUAAUUAUUUAUAAUUUAGCCGGACAGUGAUCAAUCAGGACGAAAAUAUCAGUAGUUCAAAAAUAGCGAGGGAUUAUUCUAUGGUGAUAAUAUUACUGAAUGUAAAACGUCUGUUAAAACAGUAUCCAGUAUUCUGUCAUUAUCAAAUUUUUGUUCAUUUGAUUACUGUCUGUGUACCUGCGUAAAAAAAAAUUGUCGAGAGACGAUGAUGUAUUAUUUGUCAGUCUUCGAGAACAGCUUACUGAUAUCGAGAAAAAUAUGAUUGCCGUAGGUGUGAGGUUCAUGAAAAAAAAUAACAUGAUCCACGUGCAAAUUAAAGAAGCUGAAUUGAAACCUUUAGGAUUAACAG